AUGCAUUUGCAACCACAUAACAUCCUUCAGCUGCAGCUGCCUUCGGGCACUCGAAAAUUCGCCUUUACCUCUGAAUCCAAUGAACCAGGACCCAUAACCGUUGAAAUGACCAUCGGACAUCCACCCAAACGAGUACCUGCACCUGUUGACGAUAGCGAGACGGAACCAGAGUCCGAGCCAGAGCUAGAGGCUGCGACCAAAGUCCAACCUUUCUCGGAUGCAAGUCUCCCCUCGAAUUUGACUACACCCAAAGCUCUUCGCUACCGCCGAGACAAGUUUCGCAACCAUAGCGUUAAGAUUCUGCAAUUGUUCAUCAUGCGUAUGGGAGCCAUGCUGGUAUGGACCACACCAUCACCAGAUCUUCGUCGCCAAGGGCCGUGUUUGUAUGGUGGUGGACAGCAGCAGACACCCGCGCCGCUUAGUAUGAGAUCUGGCGGCCAUAGUUGUUCUCCGGACGACUAUCAGCAACAACCCUAUCUGGAUAGUCGUCCGGAGAACAACUAUGGCCGCCAGAUCUCAUACUAA